AUCUGUUAUCCUAAGAUAAGCAAGACGAGAGGAGAGCCCAGCACGAGCACAAACUUAAAAGAGGCUCUCUGCGAGAAGAUUCCCGUGCAUCACGAUCUCCUGAGAUAUAUUCGACGUAAUUUCGGUCCGAAUAUUAUUAGUCAGAUUACAAUCGACAGCCUAUAUGAUGGAUUAAGCGAUAUAAAAUCGAUCGUCAAAGAAACUUCGGAAAUCGAUCCUAAACACGGCAUCGUGUACCGUGGAUUAACUAUACCGGAAGUAAUCACUCUAUUGCCCCGUCAAGGAAACUCGCCGAGUGCGGAAGCUAUCUUUUGGCUGCUUUUAACCGGUGACAUUCCGACGCAGCAGCAGACAGCUUCGUUGAUAGCCGAUUGGACAUCGCGACGUCAAAAAUGUGUCGAGUGGUGGUCAGGAUCGCGGGGUGAAAUGAUAGUUUCAGUUUUGCGUUCUAUGCCCGAGGCAAUUACACCCAUGCAUAGAUUAUCGGUCGCGCUCACAAUUUUCAACAUCAGCAAACAAGCAAAGGAGGCCAAGAGACACGGUGCUAUGCCAUACACAUAUUGGGAGUAUACCUAUGAGGACGGUAUGGAAUUUCUUGCAACCUUACCAGCGAUUGUCAGUUUGGUUGCAAAGAGAAAAAUGUUAACAAAUGUGAACUAUGACGGCGACUGGGUGCAAUUUCUAUUAGAAUGCUUGACCAAUGUGAAUGAGAGUUUUGACAGUCGAAAAUCAUCGGUCGCGGAUUUUCUCAGAUUAUACAUAACUUUAAACGCUGAUGACGAUGGCGGGGCUCCUGCCGCUCAUGUCACGCAUAUUUUGGGUUCGACUGAUCUCCAUAUAAAUGAGGUAUUAUCGAGCAGCGUUUUAGCGUACAUCGACGAGCCAAAAAGUGGAACGAUGUCGCAGUGGAAAGAAUUGCAAACAAAAGUCCAGAAUAUGCUCGGCCAAGCGUGGACGGAACACGCCUUGAGAACUCGCGUGCUAAAUUUAUGGAGCAGAGAUAAAUUGAUAGGACACAAAGAGGCGGAUUUCUACGACCCACGGUAUACGGCUCUUUUGGAUUAUGCCAGACAACAUUUGCCCGAUAAAAAAAAUUUAUAGCUCUCGCAGGAUAUUACGCGGAUAUUACAAUCAGCGUUGCAGAAACCGAAGAGGAAGCCUAUUUAUCCGGAACAAAGUGCCAUAGCUUCAAUUAUUUUUCAGUGCUACGGAUUGAAGGACAUGAGCUUCAAUCAAACGAUACUUUACAUGGCGCGGACAUUGGGAAUAAUCGCCUCGAUUAUUUGGACGAAAGCUGUAAACGCGCCUGUCGAGCAUCCGAUAUCAAAGUGCACUUACAGCUAUAUAGAAUCGACUCGUGAUGAAAGUGUAAAAAAGAGAAAAUGCAGAACGCACUUGCCAGUCGUCGAUACACAUGAGAGUACAUGAAAAUGAAGCAUGGAAAUAGAAUAUUUAAUAGAUAUUUUAAAAAAUCAGAUAAAUACACUUU